GUAAACAAACACUCCGAGGAUUUGCACUCUCACAUUCGGUUCCAUCGGGACUGAUUCGGAAGCCGCGUGAACUUGGACAUGCAUGUUCUUGUGUUCCUUUGUCCUCGGAACGCGCCGGGUCGGGACAUGCGUUAGCAAAUGUGUUUUGCACUGGUACAAUUGGUCGAAGUGUGUUGUUCCAGAGUGCUGUGCUGAUACGAAACUUUAUCGAAGGUUGUCCUUGUUAUAGCCUUUGUUGUUGAAAGAUUCGAGGUAAAUGGUAUUGGGGCGGAUAUAGUAGUGAAACUAGGACUACAGGAUACAAAGUAUGUUUUUAAGGAUUUGCUAAACUAAAUUUGCAAAAUUUCGAGAAUUUACAUAAACUGAAGUGAAGAAUCCAUCUUGCUGAAAAGACCUCGAGUUGAUGUUCGCUGUUAUCUGUCGGGAUAUCAUCCUACAGAAGUGCUAAGCUUUAACGAAGAAUACGGAGACAGGUGCCACAACUUACGGGGGUUUGUUCGCUGCCGCAAAUAAUGUCAAAAACCCCUUCGGCAGCAGUCAGUCGCGUAGAGGAAAGAAACGAGUCCUCAGGAGGGAGCAGGGAGGUCGGCGACCAGGCCGUCUGGUCGCUGUCCUCUUGCAAGCCAGGCUUCGGCGUAGACCAGCUGCGAGAUAAUAACACUGAAACGUACUGGCAGUCUGAUGGGCCCCAACCUCAUCUUGUUAAUAUCCAGUUUCGACGAAAAACUUUGGUCGAUCAGUUAUCAAUAUACACAGACUUCAAGCUUGACGAGAGCUACACACCAAAUCGGAUCUCAGUUCGUGUAGGAUCGCACUUCCACGAUCUGCAGGAGCUUGACGUUGUUGAACUGCAGGAGCCAUCUGGUUGGGUUAAUAUUCCGAUCCUGCAGAAUAACCGACAGCCUAUAAAAACAUUUUUCAUACAGAUUGCCAUUUUGUCAAAUCACCAAAACGGUCGGGAUACACAUUUGCGACAAAUAAAAGUGCACUCACCUGUUCGCAGCACCCCGGUAGCAAGUGUCGGCCUUGGUGGAAUGUUUUCCUCCGAGCACAUGCUAGAAAUGGCUCACAUCCGCUAAAUGACAGAUAUGUAAAGAUUACCAGCAAAAACCUGCGAAUGAACUGGCCACCCGUUGGCAGAAACUGAUGGAAAUCGGCAUAAGUAGAAGAGUCAAAGAUCAAUUGUUCAAUCAAAUAAUUUUACCGAUGUGCGAACCUGUGACCAAAUACGGCAUCAAUGUUGGUGCACUUUUUGCUACUGCAAAACAUUUCAGAAUGCUAUGGUUCUGAUGUAAACUAGGUAUUUAAGUUCUGAUUCAGAAAGAGCUCUGACAUUAGAUUACUAGAAAAAUACGAUGUCAAGUUCUUUUUGUGGGAUCUCUCUGACGUAAUUAUUGAUAUUUACAUCGAUUCCUGGUAUCGUCACAGCAAUUCAUUUCCUGUGCUGGUUCAGGCCGAGGGUUCAAACAAGAUUCUGAAUUAGAAACAUUAAAUAUUGUCUUAAACUCCGACAGUGUCGGGUGAAGCCAUUUUGAAGUUAAAAAAAUAGCCAAUAGGGGCAGGGUACUCGCCAACGAAACAUGCCUGCCCAUCUGUGCUGCCUCAGUAUAUUCGGUCUGUAGACGAAGGAACUGCAUUGGUUUUUGUUUUCAAACUAGCUCAGUCCGAAGUGCCAUUACUCUGUAGUACAUGUGUAUCUAUUUACUAUAUUUGUGGUUAAAUCGCUGAACUUUUUAAGGUAAAAAUAGAACAGAUCUCGUGCAUCUGACAUAUUCUGUUGUUAGUUAGCUAGAGCGUUUUACCAUACACAGGGAGCACAAUUUUUAUAUUAUUCGAAAUCAUGGUGUCCUGCUAGUACUUCGUACUUCUCCGAAUAAUUACAGACGGACUAGCUUAAUUUCUAAAACAAUACUUGAGUAAACACCAUAAAAAAAAGCUGCCCAACUAACGCCCUAUAGAUAUUAACAAAAAUAAAACGAUUUGCAAUCAUUUUGCAGGUGGAGUAUAAUUUAGGUUUGCUCUAAAAUUUCUCUAAAUUGAGUUGAUUAUUUUAUGCAAUAGCUGUCAAUCCGGCUAUUGCAUGCCUAAAAUAGGCAUAUAACCGAUGGUAAAAUCCGAGAGUAAUGGUCAGAAUAAAUCAGUAUCUUGACCUGCAGGUCAGAAUUGCGCACCUAGACUUAAUUUCCUUCUGACGUUCAAUACGUGUUUUGUGAAAAUUACCCGCAAUUUGUUUCAUUGAACUGUGUGACUUCUGGAUUAAAGCUGGUACACUGGAUUCCAUAUACUCUUGUCGUAAAUAUAAUUUUAUUGGCAGCUUCAUUUAAACUUCGAGUAAAACAAUCCUUUAGGUAGAGGCAACAGUCUAAGUGGAAAUAUAAAUUGAGUAGUCACCUUAAUCUAUUACUUGGCAAUAACAAACUAAUGUCAAAGAUGUUGAGCUCUACAAAUAUUUUUACUACAAAACUUUGAUAAUCACCAAAGUGGUAAAUGUGGUAUUGUUAGUUAUGUAUGUGAAACGCUGGUUAGGAUUUGAUUCUGUAAGCUUGAAUAGAUAUGCGUUAGUCAAAGACCUACGGAAUUUCUAUUGCAUUUCUGUAAAUAAUAUGAGCAUCAAUAAUACACUAGCUAUAGACCAUCCGCA